CUGGGUGGCUCAAAAGUUGGAGGGAGGUAGAGGCAGAGCGGCAGUGAAAGGAGGUGGCAGCAGCAGCGCAACAGGAUAUUUGGUCACCAUGGUUACGGGCAGCAGAUACAGAUCUUGAUGUUUCUGUCGUGUUUUUUCAGUCACACUAACGUGAGAGGGGACACACUCGUGAGGAUUAAACUAGUGCUGUUUUGCCGCCUCGAUGUGACUGGAGCAGGAUCACAUCUGAAGAGCAGCAAACCAGUGCAGCGAGGCACCGCCGCGCUUGAAGCAACAUGGCGUCCACUGCGGUUCCCAAGACCUCAACCUUAUCCUCCAACGACUCCAGGUGUGGCACUCUUUAUGACCACCGCGCCUACGCCAGGGUCCUCAUGCCCUUGUUCUAUUGUGUCGUGUUCUUGGUGGGGCUCUCCGGGAACUUCCUUGCCCUGUACGUGAUCCGGCCCAACCUGAAGAAAAUGAACUCUACAACUUUAUACUCGCUGAACCUCGUCAUAUCCGACAUCCUGUUCACUCUUUCUCUCCCGGUGAGGAUUGUUUACUACGCCAUGGGCUUCCACUGGCCUCUGGGUGAAACCGUCUGCAAAAUCUCGGGUCUGGCCUUCUACAUCAACACGUACGCCGGGGUGAACUUCAUGACCUGUUUGAGUAUCGACCGUUUCAUCGCGGUCGUUUUGCCUUUACGCUUUGGAAAACUGAGGAAAGUUCGCUACGUGCGCUACAUCUGCGUGCUCGUCUGGAUGCUGGUCCUCGGACAAACUCUCCCGAUGUUGAGUAUGAACAUGACCAACGAGGAACCGGACGGCUACGUGACCUGCAUGGAGUACCCCAAUUUCGAGAAAGUCGACCACAUCGCCACGGUGUUGAUAGGCGCCGUUUUCCUCGGUUACGGCAUCCCUGUGUUUAUAAUCCUGGUUUGUUAUUCCAUUCUGUGUUAUAAGCUUCACUUCACGGCCAAAUCCAACCACCUCACCGAGAAAUCCGGCCGGAGUCGCAAAGCCAUCGGCGUGAUCGUCUGCGUGUCGCUCGUGUUCGUCUUGUGCUACAGCCCCUACCACAUCGACAUCCUUCAGUACAUGAUCCGUAAGCUCGCGUCAACGCCGUCCUGCGCGGAGUUGACGGCGUUCCAGAUCUCGCUCCACAUCACGGUCUGCCUCAUGAACCUCAACGCCUGCUUGGACCCGUUCAUUUACUUCUUCGCGUGUAAAGGAUACAAACACACUCUGUUCAAGCUCCUCAAACUUCAUGCCAGCGUGUCGUUCUCCAGCGCCGUGAGGACGUCUCCAGAAGGUUCUUCCCGGGACGUGGUGGACGGGAAUAAGAUCCAGCUCAACAGUUCGACGAUGUGCUCGGCGAGUGAGAGGUUAACGCCGGGAGACAGGAGAUCUACGAAAUACGACUGAAACGUGUACGGACAUAAGAAAGACUCGAAGAAGCUGCUUAUUCUCUAGAUUUAUGGACUGAGUUUGCAAAAAAUAAAGGAAUAGAUUAGAAAAAGUACUGUAAAGAUGCUUGUCUUUCACGCCUGCCAAGAAAAGCUCUGUCUCAGGAAGCGUUUUAUGAGUGGUAAUAAAACUGUGUUGUGUUUGGAUUUAAGGUUAACGUGUACUUGGUGAAACAAAGCGAAGAAAGCCAUCGUCUGCAUUUGACCCAUUUUAUUUACUGUUCAUAGAAGCUGCUAAAAAAAACAGGAUCCAAGCCACGAUUCGUCACCUUGUAUUUGUUUGGUUGGAAACGCGCUGUAAAGGUUUUUGUACCAAAUGCGUGCGUAAUUACUGCCACAUUAUGUAAAUCUUCUGGUUAGGUGGCUGGUUAGCGACUUGUUUCCAUGGAGAUGUUACCUCUUUACGUGGGAUUUUCCAAAAUAUGGCAUUAAACGUAUCUAUUUUUGUUCAAUUGCGUGUGUUUUUAUUACCCAAAAGUAGAAAAAUAUGAGCGUGAGCAGGGUUGCCAGUCCAUAGAUCUGACCUUUAACUUCACAGCCGGAUGUCACCUGCUCGUCUGCGUGACGGUAGCUCGGUUUAAUGCCAUACUGUGGGUUAUUCUAGGCGUAAAAGCAGAUGGCAGACUCUCCACAAGGUAAAGAAACAUAUCAGCGCAUUGAAUGUCAGUAUAAAUAAUGUGAUUUAAGUUUCAUUCAGGGAUUCUUAGACCAAAAACAUGUGAUAAAAGUGAGUCAUUGUGCGUUAAAAGUGUUUCAAAGCGUGUGUAUUUCAGUCUGGACAACGCCGCUCGACCAGAUCACAUGACUGGGUGAGAAACGCUUCAUACAUCCCAUGGUUUCCUGUGUUUUUUCACAUUCACGUCUGCCCCUGCCAAGACAGUUUCAAUUAAACCAUUAAUGUGACUCGGUUUACUCGUCUUUUCUAUCAA